AUGCCGCGGGUGGUAUGCGUUGCUGAAAAAAACUCCAUUGCCAAAGCUGUAGCUGGGAUUUUGAGCGGUGGAAAUUCGUCCAGACGUGAUAGUCCUAGCAAGUAUAUAAAGAACUAUGAUUUUAGCUUUGAUUUUGGGUUUUCCGGGUCAAGCGAGGUGACAAUGACGUCGGUGGCAGGCCAUCUGACGGGAUUGGACUUGGACCAGGCUCACGGAUGGGGCAAAUGCCCCAUUCCCCAGGUUUUCGAUGCUCCGAUCGUGGAUAUACGGACUAGAGACCAGGAGAAAAUGGCUAGCAAUAUCCAGCGGGAAAGCCGAAAUGCAGAUUUUCUCAUGAUUUGGACGGAUUGCGAUCGUGAAGGAGAGUACAUUGGGUGGGAAAUCGUUCAGACAGCGUUACAAGCUAACGCUGCGCUUCGCAACAAUGUGUAUCGCGCCACGUUUUCGCAUUUGGAAAGUCGCCAUAUUUUGCAUGCAGCUCGGAAUCCCAAUCGGCUGGACCAGCGUGCCGUGGAUGCGGUUCGAACUCGGAUGGAGGUGGAUCUGAGAUCUGGGGUCGCAUUCACGCGAUUUUUGACGGAAUUGCUGGGAUCAAAAGUCGAACGCGAUUCAAGUUCAAAAUCGAACCAACGACCUAUUAUAUCGUACGGUACAUGCCAGUUCCCGACGCUGGGAUUUGUCGUAGAUCGAUUUGAAAGAAUUCGAAAGUUUGUACCCGAGCAAUUCUGGUAUCUUGUUCUCACGCUCUCCAGCGGAUCGAAUAAGACCACAUUCCAAUGGGAAAGAGGUCAUCUUUUUGACCGUCUUGCCGUGGCCGUGAUCUAUGAGCUUUGCAUUGAUAGCUCUCGCAACAUUGCCAAAGUUGCGAAUCUAAAAUCGAAACCAACGUCAAAAUAUCGGCCAUUUCCGCUAACUACAGUGGAGCUACAGAAAAACUGUUCGCGAUACUUCAAAAUGAGCGCCAAGGUUUCUUUAGAAGCUGCCGAAAAACUGUACCAGAAAGGGUACAUUUCCUAUCCCAGAACGGAAACCGACAGUUUUCCACAGGCCAUGGAUCUGCGAGCAUUGGUACAGCAGCAAACUUCAGAUAGUCGUUGGGGCUCAUAUGCUGGGAACUUGCUUAGCGACCAAGGCUCAAAUUGUUUUCAAUCACCAAGGUCGGGAAAACAUGAUGAUAAGGCGCACCCUCCAAUACACCCGAUUGUUAGCGCAGGUGCUGGAUUAGACAAUGAAAACGAAAAAAAGGUUUAUGAGUACGUCACUCGGCAUUUUUUAGCAUGCUGCUCCGAAGACGCAAAGGGACACUCGACCACGAUGACUUUGCAAUGGGGCCCGGAAUUUUUCAACGCCAACGGCAUUGUUGUGCUCGAGAGGAACUUCUUAGACGUUUACGUUUAUAUGAAAUGGGAUUCUACUAAAGAGCUCCCCAAUCUAGACGUAGGGCAAAGUGUUGAGCUGUCAUCCUACCUGAUGAAAGAUGGACAAACUUCCCCACCGAACCAAAUGACGGAAAGUGAGUUGAUUUUAUUGAUGGACGCGAAUGGAAUAGGCACUGAUGCUACGAUUGCCGAACACAUUGAGAAGAUACAGCAAAGAGAUUACAUCAAAAAGAAAAAAUUGAACAAACAAACGUAUCUUAUUCCAACUACUUUGGGGGUGUCCCUUGUUCAUGGGUUCGAGGCUAUCGGUUUAGAGGACUCUUUUGCUAAACCAUUUCUUCGACGGCAGAUGGAGGUCGACCUGAAGAUGAUUUGUGAUGGUCUCAAGAAUAGGAACGAGGUUGUGAAUGACUUGAUCACCAAGUAUCAAGACUACUAUGGCCUGACUAGUACGAGGAAAAACAAGCUUAUCGAGACUUAUACCGACAUCAAAUCGAUAAUGUAA